AUGGAUUUCAAAAAUAAGAGUCCAAAAGAUGAUCAAAUUACUAGUAAAGGAUUUGUGUGCUCUAAAGAAGGCAUUAGAGGAGAAGACAAGCGUCGAACUAGCGGUAACCAUAGAGCAGAGACAAGAACUGAUUGUAAAGCAAGAUUAUUUCUUUCACUUGAUCGGAAGAGUGGAAAGUACAAAGUAUAUGAUUUUGUUUCUGAACAUAAUCAUUUGCUUCAUCUCUCGGAGACUGCAUACAUGAUGAGGUCACAAAGAAAAAUAACUGAAGUGCAGGCAGCUGCAAUAGAUCUAGUAUGUGGAUCUGGAAUUAAGCCCAAAGAUGCAAUUGAGUUAAUGAGUAGGGAAGCUGGAGGGAGGAGUAACCUUGGGUAUACCGCAAAUGAUCAGAAAAACUACUUGAGAAUAAGAAGGUCAAAAUUCAUGGAGCAUGGAGAAGCUAGCUCUUUGUGCUAA